UUGUUGGCAGCCGGUUGCCUGUUUGUGGAUGGCUCUGUGGGGAACCUUGACGACCUGGCUCAGGAGUACUCUCAGUAUUACGGCACCUCCCUCAACGACGUGUGUGAAAGGAUGGAGGAGCUGCGGAAACGCAAAGUAGGGCAAGACGCAGAGACGGGAAAGAUUGACUCAACGACCACAUCACCAAAUCUCCGCUCUCAGAUCCAGGAAUCUCUUGGACUCAGCAGUGCCACGUCGACUCCAGAAAUUGAGAGAAGGUUUCCGGUGCACAAAUCCAGCUCGGAUGAUGGAUCAGGAGGAAAAUGGGACGCAAAGAGAAAGAGCAAGUCUUUUUGGCAGAGUUUCCGUAAGACACAGAGAGGAGCCAUGCGUCAGACCUCAAAGGGGGACGAUGUUGGCUUCGUGGCCAGUGAAAUUACCAUGAGUGAUGAAGAGCGAAUUCAGCUAAUGAUGAUGGUGAAGGAGAAUAUGAUCUCUAUAGAGGAAGCCCUUGCACGGCUGAAGGAGUUUGAGACACACAACAGACAAACGUGCCGGUCCGAUCUCUCCGAGUCUCCCGAUCCCUCCAGUCCUGGCACAAAUGAGCCGUUCAGCUGCAGCCCCUGUGACCUGUCUGACAAUGAGGAGGAGUCGCUGACGUUUAAAAGGCUCCACAAACUGGUCAACUCAACUCGGAAAGUGAAAAAAAAGCUGAUCAGAAUGGAUGACCCCAAGAGGCCUGGAGCUGAUGAGAGCCUAAAUGAAGAUGAGCUGCCCAGUGGUGAUGCCACCAUGGCCCUGCAUUCUGCCGUGCAGAGGAAGCCCUUCCUUUGUCCCGUUGAGUCCCUGGCCUCAGCUCUGCAGGAGCAGCUCUCCUACGACAGGGACUCCGACAGCGGCACCACCUCCCAAUCAUCCAGCAGCCUGGACACGUCCGGCAGCCAAAAGCUCUUCCAGGCGUUCAAGUGUGGCGGGAGCCCGCUUCACCAGGAGACCAGGGUGGAGGAGGAGGUGCGGGAACCCGGAGAGGGCUCCUCUCUCUCAGAGGCGGAGGUUUGCACCGAGGAGGAGCCGAAAAUCGCUCGUUCUGUCACUGACGGGGAGAUUCGUCAGCGCAUGCUCGGCUCUCUCGGCCACCACGGGAGAGCUUGCAGCUUUGGCGGAUUCGACCUGACUAACCGCCCCGUGCACGCUGUCAUUUCCGACAAUGAUAGCACGACAAAAGAUGGAGAUGGUGGUGUCAGAGAUGGGGUGAAGUCUCCACCAAUGUCACGUAUUUCUCUGGGCAAAAAAGUCAAGUCUGUGAGAGAGACCAUGAGGAAGCACAUAUCCAAGAGAUACCACUGCUCUCUCUCUGAACAGUCGAGCCCGGACCGCGUGUCCAGCUGCCCUCACUCGCCUCACACAGACUCUGAUUCUUUGGAGAAACCCAAGCCGAAACUGGGAGGCUCUGUGGAGAGCCUUAGGAGCUCUCUGAGCGGGCAAAGCUCCAUGAGCGGCCAGACGGUCGGCACCACCGACUCCUCCAACAGCAACAGGGAGAGUGUGAAGUCUGAGGAUGGCGAGGAGGACGAGGUACCUUACCGUGGACCCUUUUGCGGACGCGCUCUGGUUCAUACAGACUUCACCCCUAGUCCCUAUGACACCGACUCUCUCAAACUCAAGAUUGGAGAUGUCAUUGAUAUCAUCAGUAAGCCCCCCAUGGGCACGUGGAUGGGGAUGCUCAGCGGGAAAGUCGGCACCUUCAAGUUCAUUUACGUGGAUGUUCUGAGUGAGGAGGUGAAGCCCAAAAAGACACGCAGGAGACGGCGGGCCCAGCAACCCAAACCCACGUCUGUGGAGGAGCUGCUCGAUCGCAUCAACCUCAAAGAGCAUCUUCCUACUUUCCUCUUCAACGGCUACGAGGAUCUGGACACCUUCAAGUUGCUGGAGGAGGAGGACCUGGACGAGCUGAACAUCAGAGACCCUCAGCACAGAGCCGUGCUGCUCACUGCCGUGGAGCUGCUCCAGGAGUACGACGGGAGCAGCGACCCCGAGCGCAGCUGCCAGUCCGGAGGCUCGCAGGAGAAGCUGCUGCUGGACAGGCGCGGAGUCCUGGGCGACUCCCCGCGGGACUCGGGCUGCUACGAGAGCAACGAGAACCUGGAGAACGGGAGGGACAAAAAGAAGGCUUCAGCCAUGAGCAGGUCGUCGUCUGGGUUUGAGUCCAGCCGCCUCCUGUCCCCAGAGCGCCCCGUCCUCCCCCCGCUCCUCACCUCCACCUUCUCUCCUCACAGCCUACCCAGAUGCCUCCCCUCUAGCCAACCAUCAGUUAGCCCCCUGAAGGACUGCUUAGCUCCCGCAGGAGGUCUUAUUCAGAGCAGAGGCAUUGCUCGGACCCAGAGCUGCAUGGAGCUGGGAGGAAGCCCAGCGUGGAUUCAGCCGAGUCGCUACUUCUCCCUCCACAAAAUGCCAGAGACUGAACCUUUAACUCCGAACAAUGGGAAUGUGGCUACUGUGGAGACUGCAGAGGGCACACACCACAAAAUAAAUCCUCAAAACAAACUCGUGAUCGCGCAUCCGACCCCCAGCUCCUCGGCCAUGUCACGCGGUGCUAUGCGUGGCCCUUCAAACGUAGAAAAAGAUAGCUUGUUUGUGCCCGAAGAGGCAGAAACGCCCCAGAGCACGCACAGCCCACCUACAGAGGAAAGGUCAAGUGAAUGCCUGAUGACGCCUUCUCCUCCAGAUUCACAUCAAGAGCCCUCGCACACAGAAACUACCAGCGAGCAUAACUGCACAGGUCACGUCUCUGCUGAGGAUAAGCGGACACGCUCAGUUUCAGCCACUUCAGAAGCCCGCAGACUGAAAAUGAAAAGAGCCACAAGGCACACACCGACAAAGUAA